AUGGGCCAGGGAUACUCGGUCACGACGCCGUCUGCGGGGUCGGCCGGUAUCGACGUGCCAGAGCUCGGAGACCUAGUCUACGAGAAAUCACUGGGCAGCGCGCGGUUUAUGAAGAGCAUCCGGGCGCGACAUCACGAUGGCAUCGCCCUGGUCAAGGUUCUUGUGAAGCCGUACACGCCGAUGGCGCUGGCCAGCUACCGCGACAAGAUUCUGCGCGAACGACGGAUCCUGGCCAACGUGCCAAACGCGCUGGGGUAUCAGCGCAUAGUCGAGACGGAGACGAACGGGUACCUGGUGCGACAAUUCCUGUACAACUCGCUCUACGACCGGCUGAGCACGCGCCCAUUUCUCGAAGACAUCGAGAAGAAGUGGCUGGCUUUCCAGCUGCUCUGUGCUCUGCGAGACUGCCACGCCCGCAAUGUGUACCACGGCGACAUCAAGACGGAGAACGUGCUGGUGACGUCGUGGAACUGGCUGUACGUAUCGGACUUUUCGGCGUCCUUCAAGCCGGUACUGCUGCCGGACGACAACCCGGCGGACUUUUCGUAUUUCUUCGACACGUCAGGCCGUCGCACCUGCUACUUAGCACCCGAGCGAUUUGUGCCAGCUGCGGUGGCAGCCGAGGCAGCUCUGGGCAGCGAUGAGUAUGACGGCGAUGAGGGUCGCAGUAGUCGCAGCAGCCGCGGCAGUCGCAACACCACGUCGUCAGCUCGGCCAACCCGCAUCACGGGGGCGAUGGAUGUGUUUGGGGCGGGCUGCGUGAUUGCAGAGCUCGUGCUGGAGGCCCCGAUCUUCAGCCUGAGCCAGCUUUUCCGGUAUCGUCGCGGCGAGUACGACCCGGCGAUAUCGCACCUCAGCCGGAUGCCGGACCGGGACUUUGCGGAGAUGAUUGGGCACAUGAUCCAGCUGGACCCGGAGGCACGGUUAUCGGCGGAAGAGUAUUUGGAGCGAUACCGCGGGACGGUGUUUCCAGACUACUUCUACAGCUUCCUGCACCAGUACAUGGAGGUGAUCACGGAUCCAUCGGGCCAAUUCGCUGGGUCGGGAGCGACGCGCAACCUGGGCGAGGCAGACGAGCGGAUUGACCGGGUGUUUUACGACUUUGACAAGAUCUCGUACUUCCUGGGCUUUCAGGACGUGCAGGGCGUGGCAGAGAAGGGGCCGUCGGGGCGGGCUCCCCGACCUCCACGGCUGGGGCUGGGACUGCUGCCAGUGCGGCUCAGCAUCCCGACCAAAGAGCACGACGUGUGUUUGGGGGCGCAACCGACUACGGACAACGGGGCGCUGAUCUUCCUGACGCUGAUCGUGGCGUCGAUCCGAAACACGGCGCGGUCGGCAUCGCGCAUCCGGGGGUGCGACGUGCUGCUGGCAUUUGCAGAGCGGCUGAGCGACGAGGCUCGGCUGGACCGGGUGCUCCCAUACCUGAUGGCGCUGCUGACGGACCGGUCAGACAUGGUGGUGGUGGCGGCGGUGCGGUCGAUCACGCAGCUGCUGGGGCUGGUGCGGACGGUCAGCCCGGUGAACGCACACGUGUUCCUGGAGUACAUCCUGCCGCGGAUGCAGGUAACCAUCCUCAAGGGCAGCAUGGGCAGUGGCCUACGGGAGGCGAGUCCGGUAGUGCGGGCGACAUACGCAGCAUGUCUGGGCUCGCUGGCGACGAUUGCGAGCCAUUUCUUAGAGAUGGCGGCCAAGGCAGACCGGAUGGCGGGAGCAAGCUCGGAGGCGGACGGGGAUGGCAAGCUGGGGACCGGAGUAGACGGCAGCGACAACAGCGGCAGCGGCAGCGGCGAUGUGGCCGGGGUCACUCUGGACGGGCUGUUUGACGCGGCACAGAGAGACCUGUUUGAGAUGUUUGAGCAGCACACCAAGGCGCUGAUCGAGGACGCAGACCCGUAUGUGCGACGGGCCUUUGUGACGUCGGUGCCGGAGCUGUGUCUCUUCUUCGGGGCGGCAGACGCGAACGAGAUUAUCGUGACGCACCUCAACACGUAUCUCAACGACCGGGACUGGAUGCUGCGGUGUGCCUUCUUCGACACGAUCGUGGGGGUAGCGACGUUUUUGGGCAGCGUCAGCCUGGAAGAGCUGAUGCUGCCGCUGAUGAUCCAGAGCCUGACAGACCCGGAAGAACACGUGGUGCAGGCGGUGCUGCAGGCGCUGGCCGAGCUGGCCGAGAUCGGGCUGUUCUCGAAGCCGAUGGUGUGGGAGCUGGUGGAGAUGGUGGCACGGUUCACGAUGCACCCAAACAUCUGGAUCCGGGAGGCAGCAGCGCGGUUUUUAUCGGCGGCGACACGGUUUCUGUCGGCAGCGCAGGUGCGGUGCAUGUUCAUGCCGCUGGUGGCGCCGUAUCUGAAGCCAGGACUGUCGGGCCUCAGCUGCUCGGAGCUAGACCUGCUGGACCAGCUGCAGCGGCCGCUCUCACGGGCGGUGUUUGAGCAGGCACUGGCUUGGGCGACGAAGACGGACCGGGGGCUCUUCUGGAAGCCGCUGCAGAAGCUGCGGGGAUUUCCGUUCGGCAUGUCGUCGGGGGCUUCAGGGAGAGCACGAGAGGCGAUUCCGCGGACGCUGGCCCGGAUGGCCCGCAACGACGAGGACGAGCAGUGGAUCGGACGGCUGCGCAACCUAGGGCUGACGGCCGAGGACGAGUUCAAGCUGAUGGCGCUGCGGGAGUUUGUGUGGCGUCUGGGCCGGCUGAAGCUGCACGAAGCAGCCAGCAGCAGCCAGGCCGAACUGGCGAACAACAGCAGCAACAUCAACGGUAGUGGGAGUGGCAGCAGCAACAGUCCCAACCUCAACAGCAUAGUGGCACUGCGCAGCCUGGGAAUCGCAGUGCUGACGGUGCUCUUUGACGACGAGCCGCAGAAGCAGAUGCGGGCAGCCGGACUGGCGAGCAGCCUGGUAGCAGCGACGGCGACGGCCAUGGGACUUGAUGGCGGUGCGCCACGGUCGAUCGAGGACGCGCUGCAGGAUGCAUCCAUGACGAUCGACGACCCGAUCUCGCGGCGACGCCGGGCAGCACUGAACGUGCACCGAUCACGACUGAGCAGCCAGAGGGACAGCAGGUCGGCAGUGCAGGGAGGCAUCCUUGCCGGAGAGGCAGGCGAGACCGGAGAGAUGGGAGAGACGAGAGAGACGAGAGAGACGAGAGAGACGAGAGAGACGAGAGAGACAGAAACGGCAAGACCAGGGUCUCCGGCAUCGACAGCCGCAGACGAUGCAUCAAUGUCGAGCAGACGCAGCAAAUCAAUACUACAACAGCGAUCGAGCGCAAUGAGCCUGCUCAACCGGCGAGAAAGCGUCAAGUCGGGGGCCGAGACGGCGACGACGGAGACGAAUGCGUUUGGCCAGGUGGAAGGUCGAUCGGCGCUGAUCAGCGACAUCCCGACCCGAUCGCCGGCACCAUCAGACGACGACAGCCUGACCAGCGGCACGGCCAUGGCCGAUGCAGCCGAGGCGAGAUACAGGGCUCAUCACACGUAUGCUGGCAGCGACCCAAACGUUCUGAGGAUGCUGGAUGCCAUGUACCACGAGAACUACCCACACGACGUGGCCGAGUUCAGCCCAAUGGUAGCACCGGUGUCGAGGAGGAAGAUGGCAGCAGCAGCAGCAGCAGCAGCAGCGACAGCAUCAGGUAGUGGUGGUGGAGGCAUUGGCAGCGGGCUGCGACGAUUUGGGGGUGGCGGAAGCGCAAACGGUCACGGAAACGGAAACGAUGGCAGAAACGGCAGCAGCAGCCAGACAGACGUCUGGCGGCCAGCAGGACAAAUGGUGGCAACGUUUUCGGAACACACAGGCGCCAUCAAUCGGGUGGUGGUCUCGCCCGACCAUGCCUUCUUCCUCACGGGCGGCGACGACGGCACCGUGCGCGUAUGGGACACACAGAGGCUGGAGCGCAACAUCUCGCACCGGUCGCGACAGGUGUACCGGCAUUCUGGCGGUGGUCGUGUGUUGGCGCUCUGCUUCAUCGAGAACACGCACUGCUUUGUCAGCUGUGCGAGCGACGGCAGUGUGCACGUGAUCAAGGUGGAUCACGUGCCGGGAUCAUCUUCGUCGAACAGCAACGGCAACGGCAACGGCAACGGCAGCGGCAGCAGCAACAACGGCGGCGGCGGGAUGCCGCGGUACAACCGGCUGCGUCCACUGCGCGAGUACCAGCUGCCACGCGAUGAGUGGGCGGUGUGGUGCGAGCACUUCAAGCAGGAGGCGAGCUCGGUGCUGGUGCUGGCGACGAACCGAUCGCGGGUGCUGGGCAUCGACCUGCGCACGAUGACGUUGCUGUUUGCGCUGGCGAACCCGGUGCACCACGGGACGCCGACGUGCUUUGCGGUGGACCGGCGACGCAACUGGCUGGUGGUGGCGACAUCGCAUGGCGUGCUGGACCUAUGGGACCUGCGUUUCAAGAUGCGGCUCAAGGGCUGGGGCGUGCCGGGAGGUGCGCCCAUCUAUCGGCUGGCCAUUCACCCGUCCAAGGGCCGGGGCAAGUGGCUGUGCGUAGCCGGCGGGACGGGGCACGGCGAGGUGACGGUGUGGGACCUGGAGAAGACGCUGUGUCGAGAGGUGUAUCGGGUGGGAGGAGGUGGACCGAUGAAUGGGAAUGGAAAUGGGAAUGGAAUCAGCACCAACGGUACUAACGGAAGCAACGGCACUGCUGCCAACAGAGAGAACCUCAUCAGGGGCUACGAGCCGUGGGAUGUCGACGAGGACCGACCCGAAAGCAUGCUGGGCCGGUUUGCCACGAGCCUGGACCCGGCAUCGGUGGGAACCGGAAACGGAGAGGCCGGAGGCAGCAGCAACAGCAGCAGCAUCAGUCCCGGUGUGCUCGGCGGUGGCGACAAAGGUGUGCGGGCCAUGGUGGUGGGCUCGGCGACGUCGGACGACACGCGCGACGUGCGCCACGCUUUCAUCGUCACAGGUGGCAGCGACAAGAAGCUGCGCUUCUGGGACCUUUCGCGCGUCGAGAACAGCGUCGUGUACAGCGGCCUGCUGCCAGACGAGCCGCGUCCGACCUUUUCGUCCCUGCAGGUGACGACAGCCAUGACGGUCAGCACGGAGCGGCUGCCGCGGAGCGACGGCGGUGUCGUCGGCCUGUCACAGACGAAGAAGGGAGCCAAGCGCCAUCUGGACGCAAUCCUGGAUGCGGCGCUGCUGGAGAGCCCGUACACGGCAACGGUAGCCACCGUCCGACCGUGCGGCCAGUUCGUGGCCGCGCCGGACUGGCUUCUUCCAUCUGCGACCGCCCUGCGACCGACCUGCGACUGGCGGAAAGAGGAAUACGAGCGCGUCGACUUGUGCUUUAUUUGA